AUGGAAUUUGUCAGACUCUGCCCAGGUAUGGUCGACAUGCGCUCUGCAAUAGAUCAGGCUCGUCAGUCCUUAAUUGAUUGUUUUCGUUCGGCCAACUGCCCGAUCAUCCCACUGACUGUUCCAGGCGGUGAUUUGAAUUCAGCCACUCCGCCAAGAUCGUUUGAUCCUUUCUUCACGGAAGGACAACUUGAUCUUUUUGUUAGACUAUAUCUUAAUUUUUCUCUUUUUUCAUAA